GCCGCGCAGAGUUCUCGCGCUCUCCAACGGUCACCCGGCUGCGUAACGGCACACACUUUCCUCACAGCGCCUACUUCUUUAUUUCCAAAAUAAUAACAACAACAACAACAACAAUAAAACAGACCACUCUCUCUCUCAACAUUUCUCCUUUACUUUUCUCGUCUCCGGUCAUUUCGAGAUUAAAGACAGGCACAGGGAGAGAGAGAGAGAGAGCAGGCUACAGUUCGCGUUUGGAGCUCUGUGUUUGGACUAAAUCAUGCUAAUGCUCGCUGUUUCUGGCUAAGAGUGAAGAAAGAUAACACUCCUCUGGAUUUUCUGGCGGAUUUUUCCCUUCCUGAGCGCUUGGUUUCCAAGGCUUUGCAGUCUUCUUUCGGGAUAUGUAAUGUGACCAAGAGCAACAGGAAAGGGAAAUUCUGAGGAGUUUUAUUCUUUCAUUCCUCUGGCUGGAGCAGCUCAGCAGCGUCAUCCUCCUUCAGCCGGUGGGCUCAGUACUAUUCACACCCUCUUGGGGGCAGAUGCAGUGUGAGAAGAGUGCAUGUCUAAAGGUUUAACAUCGUCAUGACACAGGCGUGAUCCGAUCAGAAGAGUCUCCGCUCUGGUUCUCAACCCUGGGAUGUAAACUGCAGAAUGAACCUUUCGAACAGGUCUCAGGGGAGAAAAUGUUCCAUUGACCUUCACAACUGCAACCUCAAGCUCUUCAACCACAGGGACCACUGCUUGAGCUUGGAAAGGUUGUGAGAGGUGAAUAGGAGACUCGCAGCGUUUGUGCCAUCGAGGCUGCUGAAGCACACGUGCCAACCAUCACGAUGCCAACCCUGCUGCUGCUGCUGCUCGCCUCCUUACUGCUUCUCACACAUGCUGAGACACCACCAAAGUUUUUAAGGACCCCCAGCGACCAAACGGGAGUGCAAGGCGGCGUCGCUUCCUUCGUUUGCCAGGCCACAGGUGACCCGCGACCCAAAAUUGUUUGGAACAAGAAGGGGAAGAGAGUGAGCAACCAGAGAUUUGAGGUGAUAGAGUUUGACGAUGGCUCCGGCUCGGUGCUGAGAAUCCAGCCCUUGCGCACCCCACGGGAUGAAGCCAUUUACGAAUGCGUGGCCUCUAACAGUGUUGGAGAGAUUAGCGCCACCACGCGCCUCACUGUCUUACGUGAGGACCAGCUUCCUCCAGGAUUCCCCACUAUAGAUAUGGGUCCUCAGCUGAAGGUAGUGGAGCGAACGCGCACCGCCACCAUGCUGUGUGCCGCAAGCGGGAACCCUGACCCCGAUAUCUCCUGGUUUAAAGAUUUCCUCCCUGUUAACACCAGCAACAACAAUGGCAGAAUCAAACAGCUCCGAUCAGGUGGUACUCCAAUACGAGGAGCACUGCAGAUCGAACAGAGCGAGGAGUCAGACCAAGGAAAGUACGAGUGUGUCGCGACUAAUAACGACGGCACCCGCUACUCGGCUCCUGCAAACUUAUAUGUCCGAGAGCUGCGAGAAGUUCGCCGGGUUCCACCACGUUUCUCAAUCCCACCUACGGACAGUGAGAUCAUGCCAGGGGGCAGUGUGAACAUCACCUGUGUGGCAGUGGGCUCGCCUAUGCCCUAUGUAAAAUGGAUGCUGGGCUCGGAGGACUUGACCCCGGAGGACGACAUGCCCAUUGGGCGAAAUGUCCUGGAGCUCACGGACGUUCGCCAGUCAGCCAACUACACCUGCGUGGCCAUGUCCACGCUGGGUGUCAUCGAAGCAGUGGCACAGAUUACAGUCAAAGCUUUACCCAAGCCACCAGGUGUUCCUGUGGUAACAGAACGCACAGCAACCAGCAUCACCCUCACAUGGGACUCUGGGAAUCCGGAGCCAGUUUCCUACUACAUCAUUCAACACAAAUCAAAAUAUUCGGAAGAUUCAUAUAAAGAGAUCGAUGGUGUAGCCACUACUCGUUACAGUGUGGGUGGCCUGAGUCCGUACUCCGAUUAUGAAUUCCGUGUGGUUGCAGUGAACAACAUUGGUCGUGGACCCCCUAGCGAAGCAAUAGAGGCCAAAACUGCUGAGCAGGCGCCCAGCACAGCUCCUCGCCAAGUCAGAGGCCGUAUGCUAAGCGCUACAACAGCUAUUAUCCACUGGGAAGAACCCGAGGAGGCUAACGGUCAGAUCAUGGGCUACAGGGUGUACUACACCAUGGAUCCAAGUCAGCACGUCAAUCAGUGGGAGAAACAGAUUGUUCGGAAUGCUAACUUUCUCACCAUUCAGGGUUUGACGCCUAAUAAGACAUAUUAUAUCAAAGUUUUGGCGUACACAUCUGUAGGAGAUGGACCGCUCUCCUCUGACCUGCAGAUCAUAGCCAAGACUGGAGUUCCGUCUCAGCCGACAGACUUCAAAGCUGAAGCCAAAUCCGAGACGAGUAUCCUGCUGUCGUGGGUUGCUCCUCCACAGAGCGGACAGGACAGUCAAAUCGCUGGAUACGAACUGCUUUACAAGAGAAAAGAUGAGAAGGAGGAGAAACGUGUGAGUUUUGAACCCACCACCACCUACCUCCUGAAGGAACUGAGGCCCUUCACCACCUACACCUUCCAGCUGGCAGCCCGGAGCAGGCAUGGCACUGGUGCCUACACCAAUGAGAUCUCAGCUGAAACACCGCAGACACAGCCCUCAGCCCCACCUCAGGGAGUUACAUGUUUUAGUUCUAGUUCCACCAGUAUUCUGGUAAGUUGGAAGCCACCACCUGUGGAGCUCCAGAAUGGGAUCAUUACGAAAUACACCAUUCAGUACGCUGCUACAGAGGGGGAAGACACCUCAUUACAGGAGAUCAAGGAAAUUCUGCCAGAAAAGUCACAAUACCUCCUGGAAAACUUGGAAAAAUGGACGGAAUACCGCGUGACAGUUACCGCUCAUACAGAUGUUGGAGCAGGGCCGGAAAGCCUACCGCAACUCAUCCGAACAGAGGAGGAUGUUCCCAGUGGCCCGCCUCGUAAAGUCGAGGUGGAGGCUGUCAACUCCUCGUCUGUUAAAGUGCUGUGGCGAUCGCCGGUGCUCAACAGACAUCACGGGCAAAUUCGCGGCUACCAGGUGCAUUAUGUCAGGAUGCUUAAUGGGGAACCAGUGGGCCAUUCUGCCAUCAAGGACAUCUUGAUUGAUGAUGCUCAGUGGGAGUAUGAUGAUUCAACUGAAUAUGAAAUGAUCCUGACAGAUUUGCAGGCAGAAACCACUUAUUCAGUUACAGUGGCUGCCUACACAACUAAAGGUGAUGGAGCUCGCAGUAAGCCCAAAGUCGUCACAACCAUGGGUGCAGUCCCAGAGAAACCUCGCCUGAUGGUCAGUCCCACUAACAUGGGCACAGCUUUGCUCCAAUGGCACCCUCCCCCAAAUACACAUGGGCCACUCCAGGGCUACCGGCUCCGCUUUGGACGCAAAGAUGUCGAGCCCCUGACGGUCAUUGAAUUCCCCGAGCGGGAGAACCACUACACCACCAAAGAAAUUCACAAGGGAGCAUCCUAUAUUUUCCGCCUCUCAGCUCGCAACAAGGUGGGCUUUGGUGAGGAAACGGUUAAAGAGAUUACAACCCCUGAGGACACACCCUCUGGUUUCCCACAAGGCAUCGUGGCCGAAAGCGCCACCACAACUACCAUUCAGGUCACCUGGCAGCCCGUGCUACUGGCAGAGCGCAAUGGCGUCAUUAUCAAAUACGCACUUCAAUACAAAGACAUCAACAGUCCCAGGAGUCCGUCUGAGCUUUUCAUCACUGCCCCUGAGUCCACCAUAAACUUAGAUGGUCUUAGACCCGACACUACUUAUGAUAUCAAAAUGUGUGCCUUCACCAGCAAAGGUCCUGGGCCUUAUAGCCCUAGCAUCCAGUUCAGAACUCAACCACUCGAUCAAGCAGUGUUUGCAAAAAAUUUUCAUGUGAAAGCUGCCAUGAAGACCUCAGUGCUGCUUACCUGGGAGAUUCCAGACAACUACAAUCCUGCUCAACCAUUCACCAUUCUGUAUGAUAAUGGCCAGAGUGUAGAAGUGGAUGGGAAACUGACCCAGAAGUUGAUCACAAAUCUGCAACCAGAGACACAAUACUCUUUCCUCCUGACCAACCGUGGGAACAGUGCUGGCGGUCUGCAGCACCGCGUCUCCACCAUGACCGCCCCGGACAUUUUGCGCACUAAACCCUACUUAAUUGGCAAGACUAACUCAGACGGCAUGGUCACUGUGGAACUGCCCUCCGUGCAUACCACUGAGAAAGUAAAGGGAUACUACAUUGUGGUGGUCCCUCUGAAGAAACAGCGCCCUGGGAAGUUUAUCAAACCCUGGGACAGCCCAGAUGAGAUGAACCUGGAGGAGCUUCUGAGAGAGAUAAACCGGACGAGUGGAGGUGUGCGUUUUCGAAGACAGGCUGAGCCUAAACCCUACAUCGCUGCGUUCUUCAAAGAGCUGCCUACUGAGUUCACCCUCGGAGACAACAAGAUGUACGGAGACUUCGAAAACAAGCAGCUGCUCAACGGACAUGAAUACAUCUUCUUUGUUCUCGCCGUGCUGGAGAUCUCCGAAAAUACCAUGUACGCCACCAGUCCAUACUCUGACCCGGUGGUUUCGGCUGAUAUCGAUCCCCAGCCUAUCAUUGAUGAAGAGGAAGGCCUAAUCUGGGUUGUGGGGCCUGUCCUGGCUGUAGUCUUCAUCAUCUGCAUAGUCAUCGCUAUUCUGCUGUACAAGAGCAAACCUGACAGGAAACGAGCUGAGUCAGAGGCUAGGAAAGGCAGCUUACCCAACAGUAAGGAAAUGCCGUCCCAUCAUCCCACUGAUCCAGUGGAGCUACGGCGUCUCAACUUCCAAACUCCUGGUUCCGGUGCCUCCGGUUAUCCCAGUAACCUCCAUCUGUCAAGUAUGGCGAGCCACCCUCCGAUUCCCAUCAUGGACCUGGCUGACCACCUGGAGAGACUCAAAGCCAAUGACAACCUGAAGUUCUCACAGGAAUAUGAGUCUAUAGACCCAGGCCAGCAGUUUACAUGGGAGCACUCGAACCUGGAGGUAAACAAAGCCAAGAACCGCUAUGCCAAUGUCAUCGCCUACGACCACUCGAGAGUGCUGCUCUCCUCCAUCGAUGGCAUUCCAGGGAGCGACUACAUCAACGCCAACUACAUCGACGGUUACAGAAAGCAGAAUGCAUACAUCGCCACUCAGGGCUCGCUGCCCGAGACCUUUGGUGAUUUCUGGAGGAUGAUCUGGGAGCAGCGCAGCGCUAACAUCGUCAUGAUGACCAAGCUGGAGGAACGCUCAAGGGUAAAGUGUGACCAGUACUGGCCCAACAGGGGAUCAGAAACAUACGGCCUGAUCCAGGUGACGCUGCUGGACACAGUUGAGCUGGCCACCUACUGCGUCAGGACGUUUGCACUUUAUAAAAGUGGCUGUAGUGAGAAGCGGGAGGUGAGGCAGUUCCAGUUCACAGCCUGGCCUGAUCACGGCGUUCCUGAACACCCCACACCAUUCCUGGCCUUUCUGCGCAGGGUUAAAGCCUGUAACCCUCCAGAUGCUGGGCCUAUGGUGGUGCACUGCAGCGCUGGCGUUGGUCGAACCGGCUGCUUCAUUGUGAUCGACGCCAUGUUGGAGCGGAUCAAGCAUGAGAAGACGGUGGACAUUUACGGCCACGUGACACUGAUGCGUGCCCAGAGGAACUACAUGGUGCAGACAGAGGACCAAUACGUGUUCAUUCACGAUGCCCUGCUGGAGGCCGUGACCUGCGGCAACACGGAGGUCCCCGCCCGCAACCUUUAUGCCUACAUCCAGAAACUCACCCACAUCGAGACGGGAGAGAACGUCACGGGCAUGGAGCUGGAGUUCAAGCGUUUGGCCAACACGAAGGCCCACACAUCGCGCUUCAUCAGUGCCAACCUGCCCUGCAACAAGUUCAAGAACCGGCUGGUCAACAUCAUGCCAUACGAGUCAACACGAGUAUGUCUGCAGCCCAUCAGAGGGGUGGAGGGAUCCGAUUACAUCAACGCCAGCUUCAUCGAUGGGUACCGGCAGCAGAAGGCGUACAUCUCCACGCAGGGCCCUUUGGCUGAGACCACAGAAGAUUUCUGGAGGAUGCUGUGGGAGCACAACUCCACCAUAGUGGUGAUGCUCACUAAACUCCGAGAGAUGGGCAGGGAAAAAUGCCAUCAGUACUGGCCAGCAGAACGCUCUGCUCGGUAUCAGUACUUUGUGGUGGACCCCAUGGCCGAGUACAACAUGCCUCAGUACAUCCUACGAGAGUUUAAAGUCACCGACGCCAGGGAUGGUCAGUCCCGGACGGUGCGGCAGUUCCAGUUCACCGACUGGCCCGAACAGGGCGUGCCCAAAUCAGGAGAGGGUUUCAUCGAUUUCAUCGGCCAAGUGCACAAAACAAAGGAGCAGUUCGGCCAGGACGGACCAAUCACAGUGCACUGCAGUGCGGGUGUUGGGAGGACAGGAGUCUUCAUCACUCUCAGUAUUGUUCUGGAGAGGAUGAGGUAUGAGGGAGUAGUGGACAUCUUCCAGACGGUCAAGAUGCUGAGGACACAGAGACCAGCCAUGGUACAGACAGAGGAUCAAUACCAGUUCUGCUACCGUGCGGGUUUGGAGUAUCUGGGAAGCUUCGAUCACUAUGCAACGUAAGAGUCUGCUUCACCCCGAGGAGCGCCGAAGGCCGUCCAGAGGUCACUUCUUCUGAGCCAUAAAAUUCCUGCUUGUGAAAAGUACUUCUUAAAACUCCUAGUCCAAGACAUGAUUCGUUUGUUGGGUGUGGAAAAAAAUUAAAAAUAAAAAAAAUAAAAAAUAAAAAAGCAAAACAAAACACAAACAUAUGAAAUACCAGGUGGACCAAGAACCCCCUUUCCCUCCAAAGUCCAAUAACUUCCCACUCCUGACUAGCAGACGUGUAUCCGAACUGCUGAAGCAUCACGUUGCUUCAAGGAUUCGUCUCCGAUUCAUAAACAGAAAUGAAAAAAAACAACCAGACAACAAGGUACUGCAUUAAAACGAACAAGUCGUCGUGGACCGUGUUGUAAAGAGACAAACAAACGAUUACAAGGAGGGACAUCUCAUCUCAUCGACGAAGAGAAUCGAUCGGUGAAGAAAAAAAAUAUAAAGAAACACACAAACGGACGUAUGUAAUAGUAAUAAUAAAACCCCUAUCUUGUCCCAAUGUUCGUCCUUCAGUUAGGGGGAGUGUACAAACACCAGACGAAUAAAGAAGUUAUUGAUUUA